AAUUUGAGCGAGACUGAAAAAGUCAUUGCGACCGUAGCAGAGAUAAGAAAAAAAUAUAUAUACAAUUUAGCAUCGAAACUCGUACGAGAUAAGUGUUCAAAGCAGAGAGAUUCAAGUUCAAAUCAUUGGUAGCUUUGGAGCACACAUGUGCUACAGGAGUGAAUACUUUCAAGAAGAUCCAACUCUGGAGAAAAAGUGGCUGGCUAGUUUAGCCUAGCUGGCCAGCAAGCCCUCUUUGGCACAUUUCGCAGAAAAGGUGUGAGGAGAUGGGAGCUGGAGGCUUCCCUAUGUAAAACAACCUCAAAUUCAGAACAUAAAAAAAGAGAUCAAUAAUUUAAAGAGAUUUACUCCGCAAUAAAUACAGUAUUACAAACUGCCCUGAAUUUUAUUUCUGACAGCAAUUUCCUUGAUUAAUGCUGCCAUUCUUAAUUAAACUGUGUAUUUUCUCUCAAGUGUUUUCAGCUUGAUUAUGUAUUAAAGAUCUGAAGUUAUUGGUACAUUAGGGUGGAGUGCCAUCUUUUUGUGGCUUCUGGCUUGAUCUUCAUCAGCCUUUAUCUCCUUGAAACUGGCAGCUAUUGCAAAGCGCGUACAGUGUUUAAAAUUACCAAGUCCACCUCAGCACACAGAACCACCACACAGGUUCUGACGGAACCACCUCAAUCCUGUCCCCCGUUCAUCUGGUCCUUAAAAGUCCUUUUCUUUGGACGAGAAAUCUUGAGCCCUCUGGACACACAGAAUAUGACUGCUGAGACACUUAACUUUGGUCCAGAAUGGCUUCGUGCACUAUCCAGAGGGGGGAGCAUAACGUCCCCUCCCCCUUCCCCUGCGAUGCCAAAGUCCAAGUUGGCCGACUACCGCUAUGGCCGCGAGGAGAUGUUAGCACUUUAUGUUGGAGAUAACAAGAUCCCUGAGGACAUGCAGGAUAAGGAGUUUGCUGCUAUCCUGCAGGAAGAGUCUCAGCAGCCAUUGGCCUUGGUCCCCUUAACUGAAGAGGAGCAGAGAAACUUCUCUAUGUCUGUGAACAGCGUGGCAGUGCUGAGGCUUAUGGGUAAAGGAGGUGGGGCUGUACCAACAAGUGUAGCUAGAGGUCGUGGAAGCACUCGAGGAAGCCGAGGGAGAGGCAGAGGAGAGGGUGGAUUCUACCAAAGAAGUGUGGACGAAGAGGUCGGGUUUGGCCGUGGAAGAGAGAUGAACCGCAGUCAGAGCUGGGAUGACAGAGGUGAGCGGCGCUUUGAGAAGCCUUUGAGGCGUGAUUGUGGCCGUGGUGGGUUUGAGGAGGGCGGGGCAGUAGGAAGGAAGGACUACACCCGCUCUGAUAGCGACAACUGGCGAACACUCAGAGAGGAGCUGGAGGACGAUGAUGGGACGGAGUCUGGGGGAAGCUGGAGGAUUGCAGGCGGUCGGCGUGAAGAUGGUGGCCCUCGUUCAGCAGGUUGGCGGGAUCACACUAGUGGAGAUGGCCGUCGUAGGAAGUUUGACUGGGAUGGAGAGAGUGGGCGGAGAAGGGCAGGAAGUGAGGGUGGAGAGGAAGAUAGAGAUGGCCUACCUGAGUGGUGCACAGAUGAAGAAGAGGGAGAGAUGGGAACCUUCGAUGACUCUGGAGCCUUCAUGUGCAUUAAGAAAAACCCCAGAGAUGCAAUCCCAGAAGACCAAGAACUGGAAUUUGAGGCUCUGGAGGAGGAAGAGGAGAGUGAUCAGGAAAAUAAAGACAUUCACGCUGAUAAACGGGAGGAUUGUGAGGCAGGAUCUGUGUGUGAGGGCGAUGGGAAGUCAGCAUUUCCAAUUGCUGUGUCUGCUCCUGGCCCUAUAAACCCUUCAGAGCAAGAGUCCCCCAAACUGACUGUCACUCCUCCCCUAAAACCUGCAUCCCAGGCAGCUGAAGGUGCAGCUCCAGCAGAUGGCAGCACACAGCAUACACAGAACUCAUCCACUCCUCUUUCCAGUGGUACUGACCUCCCAAGACUGGGGGACACUGAGGAGGAAGAUGGCAUGAAGCACCUUCAGCAGGAGGCUGAAAAAAUGGUGGCAUCCCUGCAGGAUACAUCCCUUGAGGAGGAAUGUUUUACUCAAGCACUUCAGGAGAGCCACAUCACUGUGGCACACACUCACACACACCCCACUGCGCACACGCACUCUCAUUCCACCCCACACGCGCUCCCACAUUCUGCCAGUGCUCUGCCCCUCUCCCACGAGUCUGCCAUGAAGUGGUUCUACAAAGACCCUCAAGGAGAGAUUCAAGGUCCAUUCACUACUGUGGAGAUGUGCGAGUGGUUUCAGGCAGGUUAUUUUGCCAUGACCCUGCUGGUCAAACGUGGCUGUGAUGAGGGAUUUCAGCCCCUGGGUGAAGUCAUCAAAAUGUGGGGGCGUGUUCCUUUCUCUCCUGGCCCUUCCCCUCCUCCCCUGCUGGUAAGGAAAAAGGGGAACAUGGACCAGGAGCUGUUAAAGAAACAGUUAGAACAAGCUGCCACUGCAGCUUUGUACCAACAACUUCAGAUGAGAUUUCAGCACAUAAACAGGUGUGGGGAGACUGGAAUAAUACCUGCUAUGAGCAGGUCCAUGUCAGUGCCAGACACUGGGCCCUUGUGGGAGAUGCCUACCUCAGUCUCUCAGCAGUUGGGCGGUGAGAACAGUCUGUGGGACUUAACCAUGAGUAACUCUGCUCAGGGUCCAACUCUUGAACAUUUGCAGAAAAUCCAGCAGGACAGGCGUGAAGCUGAACUCAGGGUGAAGCGUGAAGAGGAGGAGAGGAAACGAAGGGAGGAAAAGCGUCGACAGCAGGAGGAACAGAAGAGGAGAGAGGAGGAGGAACUUUAUAGACGAAAACAGCAGUGCCGUCAGCAGCAGGAGUUGAUCAUGAAGGUAUUUCAGCAGAGCCAGCAGCAGAGUGUAUCAGGGGGUGCAGGGUGGAAUGGAAGCCAGGCAGGAGCUCUAUCUCUGGGCAAGGCCACAGGAAAGAGCAUGGGACUUCUGGAGCUGGAGGCAGAGAGGCUUCACAAACAGCAGCAGCAGAGAGCUCAGCAGCAAAGACAUGGAGGUUUGACGAUGGGCCAGUGGGGUGAUGGCUCAGCAGGGAUGAGGUUAGGAUCUGGCAUGGAAGGGAAGGUUGGAUGCAGCAACCAUGCUAUGGGCAUGUGGGAUGAGGCCAUGAAGAACCAAGCCAGCCAUCGUAACAUCAGCCUGAAGAACAGCCGCAGCAGUCCCUCUCUCAGUGAGCAGUACAUGCUAAAUCACCGUAAGCGUAAUGACGAUGAGGAUAGACUUCUGAAGCUACUUCAGGGGAUGAAAGCUCAGGAUGGUUUCACCACUUGGUGUGAACAGAUGCUCCAUGCUCUCAACACCUCUGCAAAUAACUCCUCUUCACUGGAUGUGUCCACCAUUGUGGCAUAUUUGAAAGAGGUGGAGUCACCAUAUGAAGUUCAUGACUUCAUCCGCAUUUAUCUGGGCGAUACCAUUGAAGCCAAAGAGUUUGCCAAGCAGUUCCUGGAGCGCCGUGCUAAACAGAAAGCAAAUCAUCAGAGGCAACAGCAGCUGUCCAAGGAGGUCUCUGGAUUGAACAUGAACUUCCCCCUGCAGUCGAUGUUCCAGGCAGCUCACAUGAGUAAGGGUGGAAGUUUGUACGACACUCAGGGAGGAAAAGCGAAGAAAAAGUCUAGCGUGAUGCUCCACUCUGACCCCAGUAUCCUCGGCUACUCAUUCCUGGGGGGAGGUGAGCUGGAGCAGGUGGAGGAUUACUGACCCAGCCCGUCUACUUGAGUUUACCUGAGGCCUUAAACCUGGAGCAAAUCAGCAGAGGAAUGUGCACUGAUUAACGAGGAAGGGGUGGGACAACACAUGUCCACACCCCGUCCCGCUUUCUCUCUUUCUCUGCACUGUGAGAGCAAAAGAGAGGGUUAUUGGGAGGAGAUUCUCUUCCACCUCCCGUCAGUGAAGCACCUUAUCCAAACUUGCACUUUAAUGUUUUCAUAUUUGAAACUGAUUUUGUCUUUUUUACAAUGCAAAAAUGUGUGAAUAUAUUGUUGCAUAUAUUAUGUGUAGAAUAUUUGUAUGAGUAUACAUACAAGAGGUAGGAACAGAGUGGAACACAGUUAAGAAUGUUCUUAGGGGAGAUUAGAGUCGACUGUCUCUCCUGAAAGACAAACACUGUUGUAUUUUUAUGUUAUGGUAAAGCUAUAAAAAUCUGAAUUUGAAAACUUGAAGAUUUGCACUUGUUUAACAAAAAAGAAGAAAAAGAGAAAAAAAAAAAAAAAACUUAAGAAUAGGUUGAGUUUUUGUGAGCGCGUGAGUCUGCACAAAUUGUAUUGUUUAUCGACCGACAUAAAAAAACAAAAAUGUUUUUAUUUUGUUCACCACAAUUUUUUUACUUUAUGGAGCAUGUCUGAUGUAUUGUGUGCAUGUGGAUGGACAGAAGUUGUUCUACGUGGGCUCAGAGACCGGUAGGACAGUCAAGCGUUGCAUUUUUUUUUCCUUCAGUGUUUCAAAGCGUGUCUAAGGUGCUGUUUGGCUCUUUUCUAAGAGGGUAAUCAGGGUCUUGGGGCUUGUGUUUGGUGUUGAAAUGUAGCUCCUCUGUUGUCUGCAAACAAACUGUACUUGCGUUAUUACCCUUCUCCAUUUUCUCACUCUGUCCACAAUGUGAAAUGUUGCCUUCUGUCCAGAAAGUGUGUGUGUGUGUGAGUGGAUUCUGUUGGCUGUUGUUGAGUCAGUCACCAUGGCGCUGUUAUCUUGUGUGUUUGUGUUACUUGUUUUGUUUUUUUUGUGCUGUUGAAAAAGGAUGAAUGAUUUAUUUUUUUAUUGUUCUAUACAAAGUAUUUUAACUUUGAGUUGGAGCACUUUCUAGGCUGCUACCUUUUUUGGAAUAAUAAUUUGUAUUAUUAUUUGCCUCCUGAUGAUGAUGUAUUAUGUAUGAAUGUAUUCCAAAUCGAACUGAGUAUCUGAAAACAAGGCUUGAGUGUCUCUUGAGCGAAACGGGACACCUCACCAUUCUGAAUAUGCCUAUUAUCUAUGGACUGAUUCUGGGAUUCAUGCAGCGUGUUCUGAGUCGACGGGCUUCGGUUGCUGGUGCUCUUCCAGUACUCUCGCUGCACCCGGAGAUUUAGAAUUUCUCUCCCGCCAAACAGACAUCAAGAUGAAAUACGCGUGACUGGCUGUUUUCCGUUAGCGCUCUUGAGACAGGGCCAAUAAGAGCCAUGGAUCUGCAGUGUGUAUCAGUAAUUUUCUUUUUUUUUUUUGUGGGGGCAACUUUUACUUGCCUGAAUCGUCUGAAAAGAAAAAAAGACUUUGAGGAUCGAACAUUUCGGUACUUGAUCUAUAGAAAAGAUACCUGCUUUAAGCAUAUUUCAAUCUCUAUUCUAAGGACUGAAAACACGAACGCAAGUGUGGACUGUAGCACAAAUUCAAAUGCCAUCCUGGAAUCUGGAAAGGAGUGGAAGUCAGCUUCAUUGAGUGCUUCUUAUAGAGUGGGAUGAAGCGGAUGUAUAUAUGGAUCCAUCACAACCUCACACAAACAGAAGGAAAGAGGCUUAAGCAUUUUUCGAACUGCAAUCUCAUUCUCUUCAUCCUCUGAGAAAAAUCUCUCUGCAACACUAUCAAAUGAAGGAAAUUCUACAGCAUUUGUAAAAAGUGGUCAUUUGAAUGUUUGGGGGAAAAAAACAAAACCUUUAUGCCUUUUUAAAAAUAUUACUGUGCAGAGAGACUGAAAGUUCAAGUCUUUCAAUCAUACUUUUUUUCAAAACUCCUGCUUUUGAGGAGUCUUGAUGUGAUGAAUGUUUGGUGAAGGGGGAGAUGGAGAUGGACAGAAACAAACUCUCCUCAAUUCUUUACAUACUUCACUUGAACUAAAUCUCAAGGACACGGACGUAUCGUUACUUGGUCUGUUAAUAAAAUGAGAUUUAGGUAAAAAAAUUAUUUUUUAUAAAUACAGCUAUUAUAGAAGGGAUGGAGUUCAUGUAUGGAAGUGGAAUUUACCAGCUGAACUGCAAUGAAACGGUUCUUCGAGGAUUUAAUUAAGGUUAAACAUCCAUGCUGGAACCAGCAUACACCUAAAAUCUUUGGAUGUCAUCGAACUGGACUAAGCAAGAGACAACAACUCUUUCUUUCCUUGAUCCUGGCAUCAGUAGAAUGGGAACCACAAACAGACGAUGUAUGUGUCUUUAGAAAGGCACUUGUACAUUCUUUGUCUCACUCCCCAAUGAGGUGUGGACUGGAUGCACUGUAAAUAAUGUAAAUUACUUUUGGUUUUCUGUCCAUUUUAGGCCAUCAUUUUGGGUGUUUCACAUGCCUUAAUUGUACAAAAUAGAACUGCCCUGGUCAACAUUAAUAUAACACUCAUAAAAACAGCAGAGGCUCUAUUUACACACCACUCAUGUAUUCCUCGAAAGGAUGCUGGGCCUGACUGAUUGACAAUGUUUCCCCUACAUUGACUUCACUCGUACCAGGCUGUUUUUUAUCUAUUGUUUGUAUGUUAAUGUUCGAGUGAAUAACUGCAACUAUUGUACAGAUGAAGGUCAAUGAACAUUGAUAUAUGCUGAAAUCUGAAAAAGAAAUUGUAAUGCUUAAAAAGAAAAGGGGGGGAUCAUACCUCCCUUUAUCAGUUUGAUGAUUAUUUUGAUUUAAAAAAAAUUAAUGAUUAGGUGGGUACAUACAGAACAUGGGGGGUUGUUUUUCUUUGAGAAGAUCAAAAUAUGUUAAACCAAAAAUAAAAGUUUUAAAUGUU